UAUUAGGUUAGCGCCUGCUACAAGAGCUAUCUUCAACUUUGUGCAUCGUCACUUGUCAUUUUCUAAGCAAGGCAUGUUGGUCUUCCUUCAUGCUAAAUUAUGCAAAUACAUGGGUCUGCAUUUUGGGUUUCAAGUUAAUUUUAUGCCUUUUAGGGGCUCAUGGAUUAGAGGCGUGGUCUUUUAGAUAGGUGUGUGAUACGUGUAGUGACCUCUGCUAGCCAUGAAGAAUUCGGAUUACAUUCAAUGUUGGAGUAACCUUGGAUACCAAUAUUUGGAAGGGUACCUAGUUUGGCCAGGGUAGGCUUUGCUGCUCCCGUGAGAAUUCCGGCAGUCCGUUUUUCAAGGCUCGAUAACUCCAGUUUCUCACAGAGUUUGGUAGGUGACGCAACUCGGCAGCAACGCGAAUCAUGUAAAGAUAAAAUCCAGGACAUCGGCUCUAGAGGAUUUGCAACCAGAUUGGAGUUUCCUCGCUGAUUUCAAAGGAUUUGAGAAGCCGAGAGUGAGAUAUUCAACAUGCCAAGGUCUUUUUUAGUGAAGAGUAAAAAAGCGCACAGUUACCAUCAGCCCAGAUCCAUAGAAGAUGAUUAUAACAACAGACUGGACCAUAUUUUAACUCACAUAUGCACAGAAGGUAGAAUUCCCGAGGAAACGAGCUCUUCGUCGGAGACUCAAGAAUCCGAUUCCAAAGGACGAUUUUCCCCAGAGUCCGGCCUCAUUCAGAGGACAGAGCACACGUCCAAGUCGCCAAAUAGCUGCGAGGGCAGUGUUUGUGACAGGUCCUCGGACUACGAAGACUACUGGAGACCGCCUUCCCCUUCAGCAUCCCCAGAGUCCGAGAAGUCUCUGUCUCCAUCUGUGGAUGAAAGCCAUCCCUUUGCCAUCCCUUACCGACCAUACACGUGGAACAGUUACCCUGGGUCAGAGUUGAGGCAUUUGGUGCAGCAGGGAUUUCACAGAACCUCUUCAGUAGACCGGGGUUUGGCAAUGGGGAUGUACCCUGAAAGGGGACCUGACCCCACCCUGUUUGUCGACAGGGGUUCCUCAAUAGGACUUUACAAUGACUACAGCUCUGCAGGCAACCUCUUUGACCACAGCACUUCUGCAGCCAUUUAUACAGAUUCCCAUGGUCACAACAUCCAUGAUAAAGUACCAGAAAUCAAGGAGGAAUCUGAGCUUCUCUGCACACGCCUGCUGUUCAAUAAUGGCUCCUACAAGUGCAUUAAGUGCAGCAAGGUGUUUUCAACACCUCAUGGCUUAGAGGUGCAUGUGAGAAGAUCCCACAGUGGCACAAGACCUUUUGCCUGUGAAAUCUGUGGCAAGACCUUUGGCCAUGCAGUGAGCCUGGAGCAGCAUAAAGCAGUCCAUUCUCAGGAGAGAAGUUUUGAUUGCAAAAUAUGCAGUAAAAGUUUUAAACGUUCCUCCACCUUGUCCACUCAUUUGUUAAUUCACUCUGACACUCGCCCCUAUCCGUGCCAGUACUGUGGCAAACGAUUUCAUCAGAAGUCAGAUAUGAAGAAGCACACUUUCAUCCAUACAGGUGAAAAACCUCACAAGUGUCAAGUGUGUGGGAAAGCCUUCAGCCAAAGUUCCAAUCUCAUCACCCACAGCCGUAAACAUACAGGAUUUAAGCCUUUUGGGUGUGACCUCUGUGGAAAAGGCUUCCAACGAAAAGUGGACUUGAGAAGACAUAAGGAAACACAACAUGGCCUAAAAUAAUAGGGUGGGCACUGUUAUCUGAAGACAGUUUACACCACGACAAAAUGGGACAGUCCUUGGUAAACACUAAGAGGAU